UUUUCCGUCUUUGAUUCGACCUGAUCAAAGCAGCUUCCAGUUACCAAUAACAGCGCCGAAUGAAGAGCUCAGCUCGGUUUGAUUGCUGGCUUGCUUGCUUUUCUCGGCAACUGAACUCACUGACUGCUCUUUCCUCAUCUCAUCUCCCCCAAACGUGCACACUACCGCUACCUUGCCUUGCCUUACUUUUAUACUCACACUGCGCUGCACUGCACUUUCCUUUCUCCCACCCCCAUACAAUCCAAUCCCCUUGCGCCGACGGAGAAAGGGUACCUACCUAGGGUAUCUACUACCUUGCCUGACUUAUUAGGGUGUGCAUGUUGGCUGGGUGCGUGCAAUUACAGGGCCAACAGCUGAUCUUUUUUCUUUCUUCUCCCAUUUAUUGUCCAACUCUCUCAUUAUCGAGACAGACACGCGCCUUUCACCAACUCCUGUCUUCGCGCUACAAGAGACCUCCAAAAUGGCAUCUAAUACUCAAAUGAAUGACUUGGUCAGUCGAUUUAAUGCUCUACAGGCUCGAGAAAUGCCCGAGCAGAAAUAUAUCAAGGAUCUAGUAGAAAGAUUGCAUGCGCUGCAAGAAACAAAUCAUGCCCUCCAAGAAAAGCUUGCCGACGCUAGCUUGGGUUUGAAUCAUAUGAGCCAGCUCCGCAAACUCUAUGAAGGCACUCGAUUGCAAUGUGAAACGCUCACCGCGGACCUCAACAGCAUCAGGAGUGCUAAUAACUAUGUCUUUAUAAUCAUGGACGGCAAUGGCCUCAUUUUUGACAAUCGCUUUAUCAAGCAAGGCCGCGAAGGUGGUAAGCAGGCGGCGCAAGCUCUGCUUCUCGCGGUAGCGAGGCUUUGUCCUAGCCUACCAUCUUCGUUCGAAAUUUUCUGCGACGUUCUGGUCAACAUUGCUGAGAUGGGCCGAGCCCUGCUGAAUGAUGGCAGCAUUGAUGACCCAAGCCUUUUCCAUGAAUUUGCUAUCGGAUUCACAGAGGCCAAGUCUUCUUUCAACUUUAUUGAUAUUGGCUUGGGCAAAGGAACACUGGUUCGCAAGAUUCAAGAAACGGCAAUGUGGCAUUUGGGAUGCUAUAACUGUAGGCACGUCAUGUUAGGCGUCGGCCAUAGUGCCCAAUAUGCUCCUUUUCUGCGCAGAGUUAACGAGGCCGGGGAUGCCAAAAUGUGCGUCUCCAUACUUCUGGGAGAGCCUAUAGUGCGCGAAAUCGAGGCCUGCGGCAACACUGUUUACGCGCUUGACGGCGAUAUCUUUCGCACGACCAAACUUGUGGAUAAGACUUUGAUAGAGAAACCGAGUGUCCAGCAUACCGAGGCGACCAAACCCCAGAGUUCACCGGUAGCUCGCGCAGCAACACAAGCAGUAUUGACGCCUGCUACGAGCACUUCAUCCAUGUCGCCUCCACAAACUUCCUGGGCCAAGAUCACGAAAAGCGCCAGUCCUCCCCCCAAACUGACCAUGCCCCUACCUCCUAAACAGGACAAGACUAAGCCCGCGAGCAAGACACCUCCUCAGCCAGCUUGGAGCCCUGGACCUCGGGGCCGCGAUCCUCCCAUCACGGUUGGUAUUCCAGCCAUGGAAGAUAUCAAGCGUCGUGAGGACACCGACAAACUGUGCAACAAUCACUUUCUCCGUGGGCCCUGUACCAGAAUAGGUGCUUGUACUUUCAACCAUACGUUCAAGCCGUCAAAAGAACAGUUAAAGGCACUCGCAAUGCUCGCCCGACAGAACCCCUGCAUUAACGGACAAGCUUGUGAUGUCAACGACUGCAUAUAUGGACAUAAUUGCCCCAAUGUAACCAAUGGUGUGUGCACUCGGUCGCAUUGCAGAUUUAAGGUCGACGGUCAUCCCCCGAAUACCAAGUUUACCAACAGCAAGAUACACGAAAACUGAUGAAUAGCUGCAUCAUGUGUAGCGUUUGCAACAGGUUGCAAGGCACUCGGUUGGCACAGUUUCGGAUUUGAUCUGGUGUACACUAUAGUCACUUCGUUUCUCGAUCACACAAUUUUUAAUAUUCAUUAUACGAAGGGCUAGGAAGUUCUACUAUGUCUGUGACAGGCUUUUCUAUGGAAUGGGAUAACGGAGCUUCGAUAAAUUGAUUGACUUUAUC